CAUCUUCAGUCAUUUCCCGAAUUGUUUAGAAUAUUAAAAACGUGCUAAGGAUCAGCUGUGCUGGCCUCUACCCCGCUGUCUUGCUAAAAAAAAAAAACCUUCUCCCCAUAAUUUAAAUAGAUAUUAAUUCAAAUAAAUAGUGGGCUACUUUAGAAGUCUUAGGCAAUAAAUAGUAGCAAAGCUCAAAAACAGCCCAUUUGAAUCCCGUAAGCAGUUUCACAGCUGGAUAAAAGAGAAAAGAAUCUUAUCAACUUUCUUUUGGGUUUUUUUUUUCCCUGUUCCUCUUUGAGAGGCUUCAAGAAAUCUGCAUGAUAAACCCACUUGUAAAAAAAGGGAGAUUUAAAAAAAGCAAAAAUAUUCAAAGGAAGAGAUAUAGUUUUGCAGAUGUGCUACAAACACAGCUCAUCACAAAUGCGUCUCAAGCACCAGAUCGUCAGCUUGAAGGCCACAACGCUGAAAGACGCAAACAAAUGUAAGGCACCUCAAAGUAAAAGCAUUAGAGGAUGCCGUUAAAUGUAUAUUCUUUGAAUUUUAAGCCCCCCCCCCUCCACUCCUUUGUGGCUUUUGGUAUUUUUCCCAAAAGGGAAAUGGGGCUCCCUGCCACAAAGCAACAGUGUCUCCCAGUGACCAAACAGGCACAUCUUCGAAGCAACUUGGGUUUAGCAAAGAAUCUUGACAGCUUUCACUGGCUUUGCUUAGCCAAUUCUCACCGCCUACUAUUUGUCCUGCUUUUCUAAAAAAAAAAAAAAGAGAGAGAGAGGGGGACACCAUAUGGCUUCAAAAGCCUCUGUACGCUUCCCCCUCAAUUCUAUACAAGGUUAGUCAAGUACAAGCAGUUGAGUUUGCAAUUCUGCCCAUAUAUGGAUUAUUGGUGGCUUUUGAUUGCCAUGGAAAAGAGAGAGAGAAUAAAACAACGAAUGUUUUACAAAAUAGCUCAGUUGCAAUCAUUCACCGGUCGCUUUUUUUAAGCCGUCGUUGGCUAUUCCAGAUUCUCAAAUGAUAAGAUAUGUAUGCCUUCUAGUAUGCAUAUGAGAAAUGGCCAAAAGGCAUGCCACUUUAGCACUUGCUUUCUGUCCAUCCGUAUUUGUAGAACAGCAAGGUACAGUUGGUGGGUGGAGAUAAGUGCGUCAUUGUUUUAGAAUUCGUGCAUUGCCACAAACGGUCCAAAUCCAACCUCUCUUGAAUCCCAUUGACGCUUAUCUGGUGCCAAUUUAGUAGUGAACUUUAGUUGACUAGAUUCUUGUGUGUAGGCUUGAGCAAUAAAUCUACAUUAUGAUAUAGUGUUAUCUGAUUGAAUAUGAAAAAUGUUGAAAUGAAUAUAUGAUAUUAUUCGGUAGCUGAAUAAUUCUUCUAAGUUAUUAACAAGAAUAAAACAAAGCUGACAGUGACCGUGCUUAUGUUAAAUUAUGAGAUAUAUUACAAAUGACUUACAAUUAAUUCUCUCUCUUGUUGCCAUGUUGUGUUCUUUAGGUCCCGAUCACUUUAGUUCCAAGAGUCUUGCUUUACAAGCCCAGAAGAAGAUUUUGAGCAAGAUGGCAAGCAAGACGAUGGCCAACAUGCUGAUUGACGACACCAGCAGCGAAAUCUUCGACGAGUUGUACAAAGUGACCAUAGAGCACAUGAAAAACAAGAAAGAAGCCCACAAGGUUAUGAAAGACUUGAUCAAAGUCGCCAUCAAGAUUGGGAUUCUCUACCGAAACAACCAGUUCAAUGCGGACGAGAUGGAGAUCGUUGAGAAAUUCCGCAAGAAGCUGAAUCAGGCGGCCAUGACGAUGGUCAGUUUUUACGAAGUGGAGUUCACCUUUGACAAGAACGUUCUUUCGGGACUGUUGAAUGAGUGCAAAGAUCUUGUCCAUGAACUUGUAGAGCGGCACUUGACAGCCAGGUCUCACGCACGGAUCAACCACGUCUUUGAUCACUUCGCCGCUGUUGAAUUCCUCACUGCUCUCUACAGCCUGGAUGGAGAAUGCCGUCCGCACCUCAAAAAAAUAUGCGAUGGGAUCAACAAACUACUUGACGAGAAGGUCCUCUGAAACCCGAUUUUCCAAAACUUUUAAAGAACAGAUCAAAUUAAGAGAUGCAAACAGAGUUAGGAAAGGAAUACAAGAGCCUGCUUCUCCUUUUUAUAACCCACUCACUCCCCCCUUCCCCCGGACAAAAUAUCUUGGUAACAAAAUACUUUUAUUCUGGAACAUGUGACAUUCCGUUUGUAAGGAAAAGCUACCAGAAGCGAGAUGUACUUCACCCCGCAAAUAAAAAGAAAGGUUUUCGCACAGAGAACGGUUGACGAUGCAAAAGAAAUUGUGAAAAUUGGAAUUCAGCUCUGCAAAAUAAACCUGAAGAUCCAUUUUGGAGAGGAAAUAAAACGCCCCACAUUUCCAUUGCAGAAGAAAACUUUAAAAUGGGGGAGAGAGAGCACCAAGCUUUGUUUUAAAAGAAAAACCACACAAUCGAAGUCGAAAAA